AUGGAUAAAAUAAUAAUAUUAAUAAUUAAUUUAUUAAUUAUUGUUAUUAUAAAAAUUAAUAAAUGUAAUUCAUUGGAUAUUACAUUUUUAAUUGAUUUUAAUUCGAGAUUUCAUUAUGAUAAAUCUGAAUGUGGUGGAUCAAUUGAAGUAGAUACAUCAAGAUUAGAUAAUUUUUUUCAAGAAAAUUAUCUAAUCUAUCCACCAUGUAAAUCAUUUGAUGAUGUUGGAGAUAGAAUUAGACAACUCUCAUUAAAAUCAUAUGAAAAUGUAUCAUUAUUUAUAAAUAUUAAACCAUAUGAUUGGAAAAAUCAAGAAAUUACCUCAAAUGGAAUUAAAAUUAUACCUUCAUUUUGUCAUUUUUCAAUUUCAAUGACAGAUGAUCAAAAUAAUAAAAAUAAUAACAAUGAAGAUUAUUUAAUAACAAUCCAAGGUAGAUCAGAAUUCAUAGGUUAUAAUUUUACAAAUGAUAUGAUAUGUUAUGAUAAUAAAAAUAAUAAUAAGAAUCCAAAUAGAAUGAUAUUAAAAAAUUUAAAAUUUAAAAAAUGGGGAUACCCAAUAAUUGUUAUUUAUCAAGAUUUAAAGAAAUUAAAGAAACCAACAAUUAAUAUUGAAUUUAGUAAUAUUAAAACUGAUGAAUCAAAUGUAUUUUUAGUUAGUGUUAAUGGUAAUAAAAAUCAAGCUAUUAAUUUCAUAAUUGAGAAUUGUACAUUUUCAAAUAUUUUAAAUGAAAAUCAUACAACAUUAAUAUGGGUUCAAGAUAAUAAUAAUAUUUGGAUUGAUAAAUGUAAAUUUGAUAAUAUUAAUAUAUCAAUGGCAUUAAUAGUUAAUUUGAAUGGAAUAUUGUCAAUUAAAAACACAGAUUUCAAUAUGAUUACAAUUAAAAACCAAGAUCCUAUACUAUUUAAUCAAAAUCAGUAUAUUGAAUUAAAUAAUAUUAAUGUUAAUGGUAGUUCAUUCAGAUCAUUUUGUGUACAAGGCUAUAGAGAAUCACAAACAAUUAAUAAUAUAAAUAAAACUAAUAUAAUUAGAAAUAUUAAUUUCAUAAAGAAUACAAAUACAAUAUUGAAACCGAUUUUGGACCAGGAUGAUAUUCUAACUGGUUUAAUAAUAAUAAAUGGUGAUGUAGCUUCUGAUAGUGGUAGUGGUAGUGGUGCACCACCAACUAAUAAAUCAAUAAAUAAUUUAAAAGUUGAAAUUACAAAUGUUUCAAUUGAAAAUUUCAAUCAAAUCAAUGAUAAUACUAAAAAUUUAAUUGUAACUUUUAAUAUUCAUACUCUAACAAUUAAUAAUAUUAAAAUUUCAAAACCAAAUCAAUUUAAAUCAUCAAUAUUCACAAAUGAUACAAUAAUAAUUAUUAAUAAUAGUAAUAGUAUUUUAUCAUCAAAUAUAUUUUGUGAAGGUAUUAAUAAUUUAAUAAAUAUUGAAAUUAAUGAAAAUUAUAGUAUUAAUAGUGGUGAAAAUAAUAAUAAUAAUAAUAAUAAUUAUUUAAAUAAUAAUUUAAAAAAGUAUUGUAAAAAUUGUACUUUAAAUUAUAUAACAAUAUUAAAUAAAAAUAAUAAAAGCAAUAAUAAUAAUUAUAAAAAUAAUAAUAAUAAUAAUAAUAAAAAAAAUAAUAGUGAUGAUGAUUUUAAGAAAAUAUUAAUUAUUCCAAUUGUAUUGGGUGGAAUGGUAUUUUUAUCAUUAUUUAUUGGUAUUAUAAUUUUUAGAAAAAGAGUUGCAAAAAGAUUUGGUAAAAAUGAUAAUUAUGAUGGUGGUAAUAGUAACAAUUAUAAUGAUAUAGAUAGAUUGGAUUUUGGAAAUAUUGAUAAUUUUGGAAAAUUGGAAAAUGAAUCUUACCACCACCAGUUAUAUUAA